CUCAGCGCUCUUUAACUCGUCCCUCUGCUACUUACAAAACCCUUCGUUUUUGCUUCGCCGACCUAGAGAGAGAGCGCCGAGAGCGGAGGCACGAGCUCAAACUCCAGGGAUGGGUGAAGAAGAGGUCAAGACUGGCGCCAUUGUUCCAGCAUCAGUGCUGAAGAAGAGGAAGAGGAGUGAGGAAUGGGCGUUGGCAAAGAAGAAGGCCCUUCAAGCCACGAAGAAGAAAAAUGCUGAUAACAGGAAAUUGAUGUUUAAGAGGGCACAGGAAUAUGCAAAGGAGUACCAAGAGCAGGAGCUUGAACUGGUUAGAUUAAAGCGAGAAGCCAAGUUGAAGGGUGGAUUCUAUGUGAACCCUGAGGCUAAAUUGCUGUUUAUAAUUCGUAUUCGUGGUAUCAAUGCCAUGCACCCAAAGACUAGGAAGAUUUUGCAGCUUUUGCGUUUGAGGCAGAUAUUUAAUGGUGUCUUCCUCAAAGUGAACAAAGCAACUGUGAAUAUGCUGCAUAGGGUUGAGCCUUAUGUGACUUAUGGGUAUCCUAAUUUGAAGAGUGUUAGAGAACUGAUUUACAAGAGAGGCUAUGGGAAAUUGAAACAUCAGAGAACUGCAUUAACUGAAAAUUCCAUCAUUGAAGAGGCCUUGGGUAAAUUUGGCAUCAUAUGCAUCGAAGAUCUCAUUCAUGAGAUAAUGACAGUUGGGCCUCAUUUCAAGGAGGCAAACAACUUCUUGUGGCCUUUCCAGCUAAGUGCUCCGCUGGGAGGUCUGAAAAAGAAGAGAAACCAUUAUGUUGAAGGCGGUGAUGCUGGAAACCGCGAGCAUUACAUCAACGAGUUGAUUAGGAGGAUGAAUUAGUAAUGCUUCAAUACAAUUUCUUCUUCUCCUCAAUUAGUUUAGGAGGCUACCGAGGUCUUAAUGUCGGUUCUUUUACUGAGGAUGCUUUCUUUUUUUAUGAGCUGGAUGUUGAAUGUUUUAAUUUUUGCCGUGAUUUUUCCAUCUCUUUUGAAUAUUUUUAAAUGCCAAUGUGGCUAAGCUUAUCUCAUACAGACCAUCAAUUAUGCUAUGGUGUGAUGAGAAUGCCUGAAACGUAUGUUUCGUUUAUUUUUAUUAUGACCCAUUUUUGCUUCAA